AUGGCUCGACGUCCCAUCCGCAUAGGCAACUGCUCCGGUGCCAUCAACGAUGGGCUGGACCAGCUCUACGCCCAUGCAAAGUCCGGCCAGGUGGAUGCCAUCACCGCAGACUACCUCGCCGAGUUCAACUUGGCAUGGCGUGCCAUUGACCUCCAGACCAAGCCGGAGGCAGGCUACGAGGGCAACUUCCUCGAGCAGCUGGCCUACCACAACGGCGACGCCGCCCGGCUCCUCGCCAAGAACAAGAUCAAGGUCGUCCACGACGGCGGCGCGCUGAACCCCAAGGGCCUGGCCGUCGCCGCGGACAAGUACUUCAAGUCUCUCGGCAUCAAGGACGUCCGCGUCGCCUGGGUGGACGGCGACAACGUCACGGAGCAGGUCAGGAAGGAGCAGUUUGGCCCGCUCAGGCACCUGGACUACGAGAACGAGUUCUUGACCGAGGCGCACGUCAAGACGAUGCUGACGGCCAACGCCUACACGGGCCAGGCCGGUGUCGUGCGUGCUCUCAAGGAGGGUGCCGACAUCGUCAUCUGCGGCCGCUGCUGCGACGCCAGCCCCGUCAUGGGCCUUGCCUCGUGGUGGCAUGGGUGGGGUCCGGAGGACUAUGAUCAGCUCGCCGGCGGUCUCAUGGCCGGCCAUCUGAUCGAAUGCGGCCCCUACGUCACGGGUGGAAACUACUGUGGUGCUCCCGAGAUUAAGAAUGUGCUGCGUCCGGGCUUCCCGAUCGCCGAGAUCUCGGCCGACGGGACCGUCAUUGUCACCAAGACGGAGGGCACCAAUGGCGCCGUCACUAUCGACACUUGCAAGGGCCAGCUUGUCUAUGAGAUCCAGGGCGACAGGUAUCUCAACCCCGAUGUCAUCGCGCACAUCGAGAACAUGAAGCUAGAGGAGGUCGGCAAGGACAGGGUCAAGCUCACGGGCGUCACCGGCUCCGCCCCUCCACCCACCACCAAGCUCGCCGUCUGCCUCUUGGGCGGCUGGCAGGCCGAGAUCUGCACCUUCUGCGCCGGCCUCGACACCGACUUCAAGUUUGAGCAGAUGAGGGAGGGCGUGCUGUCGAGGCUCAAGCUUGAGCAGUUCAGCCACGUCAGCGUCGAGCGGUACGGCACGUCGCCCGCCAACCCCAAGAACCAGGCCGACUGCACCGUCAUGAUCCGCAUCUUUGCGCAGGCGCCGCAGAAGGAGCACCUGACGCAGCUCAAGCAGGCCGUCUUCUACAACGGCAUGACCGGGUACGCCGGGCUCACCGUGGCCAUGGACUGGCGCACCCUCGAGCCCAAGAUGUACGUCAAGUACUUCCCGGCGCUGGUGCCCCAGACGCGCGUGCCCCUCACGGUCCACAUGCUCGACACGGGCAUCCAGUUCCUCGUCGAGCCCCGGCCGGCGCAGCUGUGCGCCCCCGCGGCGCCCAAGCAGCGGAGCUUCGAGCCCCGCGCCCUCGCGCAGUCCGGCAGGACCGUCCGCCGCGCUCUCGGCGACCUGGCCUUUGCCCGCAGCGGCGACAAGGGCGGCAACGCCAACGUGGGCUUCUGGGUGCGCGAGGCGUCGGCCUGGCCGUGGCUGCAGUCGUACCUGACGAGUCGCAAGCUCACCGAGCUGCUCGGCGAGGACUGGAGGGACAAGUACGAGAUUGUGCGGUGCGAGUUCCCGGAGCUGUGGGCGGUGCACUUUGUGAUCAAGGGCAUCCUCCAGGAGGGCGUCAGCAGCAGCAGUCUGAUCGACGGCUUUGGCAAGAGCUUUGGCGAGUACCUGCGCGCGAGGCAUGUCGACAUGCCGGCCGAGCUGUUGGAGAGCGAACAAAAGCGGCGAAAGGAGAACAUGGCCAAGGCCGGCCGGUCUGCGGCCAGGCUGUGA